CUGAAAAGAAAAAACAAACAAACCAGGAAAAGUUUGCUGAAAGCUACCAAAUAAAAUAGACUAAAUGAGCUCAAAACAAGACGUAAGUUGUAGUUAACUCUAGGCUCCUUCUCUAAAUGCUUGAGCGUCACAUCUGAGGCAGCCAGAAAGAAAUCCCCGUCAUUUAAAUCACAUGGUUUACGGGGCUGAGGCUCCAGGAACAUCAUGACAUUCGUAACGAGGACUCAGCAAGGAUCGCCCGUUUCUCUCUGGAGUCAACGAGCACCUCGCUGUCACGUCCCUGCUCCCACACUGCAGCCAGAGCACAACGCCAGCAACUUCUGCAGCCGUCCUGAACUCCUGCAGCCGCUACCUCCAUCGCUCCGGCGAACAGCUCCCGACCGGCUGCCGCCUCCCGCAUGUCCCGGCCGGGCUCCGGCUGCCAGGCAGCGGUUCGCAGUCAAACCCUCAGCAGAGCCUUAGUUUCCCACUGGCUGGCACUCCAGACCUGAGUACAGACUCCUUGCUUUUGAGGCAGAAAAGCAGUCUGAGUUGUCUUUCAGUCCAUCUCCGUAAGCAACUUUGAAUCUCCACUGAUGCGUGAGGUCCCAGAGCGCCAAGGCAGCAGCACAGACAGUUCUGCAAGCAGUUUGGGAAGCUCUGUCACAGCAUGUAAGAAGAUUCUCUGCAGUAACAGUCUGCUAGAAUCAACAGACUACUGGCUGCAGAAUCAGAGGACACCAUGCCAAAUUGGCUUUCUAGAAGACAAGUCAGAAAGCAACUGUGCCUCAGUUUGUUUUGUGAAUUUAGAUGCCAACAGAGAUGAUUGCAGUGAUGAGCAAGUGAAACAGAAGUUGAUCAGUGUCUCACCCAAUCUCCCCAAACUCAUCAGUUCGAUGAACGUACAGCCACCGAAGGAAAAUGAAAUAGUCCUGCUGAGUGGACUGACAUCAGGAAACCUUCAGGCCGAUUAUGAGGUUCCCCAGUGUCCUUGGCUGGCAGAUGUCUGCUUGGUUCAGUGUGCGAGGGGGGACAGGAGGAACAGCACAAGCUGCAUCAUUUUUGAAAUAAACAAGUUUCUGAUUGGACUUGAGCUCGUUCAGGAGAGGCAGCUGCAGAUAGAAACUCGUGUCCUAAAGCCUGAGGAUGACACGAACUGCUCCGUGUCCUCAAUAGAAGAAGAUUUCCUCACAGCCUCCGAGCACCUCGAGGAUGACAACGAGGCUGAUGAAUAUAAAGCUGGUCAUGAAAAGUUAAAUGUUUCAGAAGCAUCUUCAGAUGUCAAAAAAAAUAAAGGAAAGGGAUUUGAAAACAUUCACUAUAGAAAAGCCAGGUUGCCAUUCAUUCUUGAAGGGAACUGCAUUAAUAAAGAUAAUGCAGCUACUCAGGUCUCUGAAACUGUGAGUGUUGUGGCUGAAGAUGGCAUCUCACGACCUGAAGAUAAGUCAAACCAGGAAAUACCGUGGCAGAAGGAAUUAACUGAAAAAGGUACUUCAUCAUUUAGUACUACUGAUUUGACUAGUGGGGUUGAAAACUCAGCACUCAUGUUAGAAGAUGUAUCUGUAACCAAAAUGGCUAAAGAGGAGCUGGAGCCUCAGGGUCACCCCACAACGAAACACAGCAGCAAGACAGAUGGGGAAGAUAGCACAGGUAUCAGGAAAACUGAUCCUCCCUCCCAGAACGAGCAGGCAACCACAGGUCAGUAUGCCACAAAUUUAGCAGAAUCUGUUCUGCAGGAUGCAUUCAUUAGACUGUCACAGUCUCGACCAAGUUUCAGUGAAGAGGCUGCAGUCAGCAUCUCUGUAGGAAGCUCCUGUAAGUCAGAAGAUGUAUCUGCUUCCAGGUCAUGGAAUGAACUUCCAAAGAUCGUCAUAGUGCAAAGUCCAGACAGUUCUGAGAAUGUCCCUGACUGGCCAGGGUCUGCCUUCCCCAGCCUGAACCACUGGGCUGAGGCAGAAAGCUCUGCUGAAGUUCCAGAUUACUUUGAGGAAGAACAUUCAAACGGACAUGACCAAAGUGCACUGGAAGUGGCUCUGGCUUGUGCAGCCACUGUCAUUGGAACCAUUUCCAGUCCCCAGGCUGCAGAAAAAUUCCGCCGGGACCAGGAAGUCACAGACUGGAGAAGUGGAGUGGUUGCUAAUGAAGAGGUGCACGCAGCAUCCUCACAGCUCCUUGACAACUGUGCUGGCACAGAAUACUCAUUCCCAUCUGCGCUCUGUGGCAUGACUCAAGUAGCAAGUGCUGUAGCCAUCUGUGGCCUGGGGGAAGCAAAGGAGGAGAAGUACCCUGCAACUUCCAGUGGACUUCUGUCUGCUGCCCAGGCUUCUGCAGCCAUUACUCUGCAUUGCAGCUUAGCUGUAGGAAGCAGCAUGGAGAAGCUGAAUGAGAGCAUUGCAGAGGCACUUCUCAAAGAGGCAUCCGUAAUUCUUACAAAACCCAACACGUACAAAAAUCUGGGGCAUUUUAUGGAAUCCAUAAAUGGGAAAAUUAUUGAAACAGCAGCAAGACCACAUAUUCCACGUGCUGAUGGAGUAAUCAGGGAUGAACUUGCACAAAACUUAUCCAAUAUUAUUUUACGACAUUCUAUGGAAGAGGUUAGGAAGAAGAGACAGCUACGAGUCCAUUCAGAGGAUGGCUCAAGUACACAAGACAUUUUCACAGAGACUGCAAAUGAGUUGCUUUUUAAUAUAAUAUAUUUCACUUGCAAGAAAAUGAACGAUAUAAGGCAAGUCGAAGAGUGUUCUCCUCUCUUUUCUGAGGGCACAAAAGCAGAGAAAGUAACAAGAGCAGAAGGAUGGCCAACACUGGGAACAGCUUGUGAAACUUCACAGAGCCCCCUUGAUCACUCCGCUUCUAAGCCAUUUGGUACAUCCUACAGCACCAGUACUAGCAAAGAUCUUGAAAAGGUCACAGGCACUUGCAAGAGUAAUAUCAAAGAUGUAAAUAGCAAUGAAGGUUCCACACUGAAUUCAGAACCGAGUGGAGAUACAGGGCAUAACACAUUUGGUGCAAAAACAUCUCCCAAGAAGAGAUACCUGAAAAGAGCUGCUCGAGACUGUUACAAAGCCCCAAAUCAGAAUAACAAUCAUCAGAAGAAAGACUACAGAUCAUUUUCAGACAGAGAAAAUACCUUUGCAAACAGUGAAUGCAGGCACGGUGUUCAAGAACAGCUGUCUUCUAGUGCCACCAUAAAUACAGAAAACCAAGCCAAGAUUAAGUGUGAUCCUGUGCUAAAUAAUGAUGUUCAGCUUAGUUUGUCUUUGUUAGGAAACCAUGUCUUGCUUCCUUCUCAGCCUGCGCUACAGGUGAAAAAUUCAAGGGACAAAUAUUGUAUAACAGACUUUGCAGAAGAAUUGGCAGAAACAGUUGUCUCUAUGGCAACAGAAAUAGCUGCCAUUUGUCUAGAGAAUUCAAAUGGCAAGCAACCCUGGUUCUGUGCAUGGAAGAGAGGCAAUGAAUAUCUGAUGACCCAGAGUUUAUCAUGCAGAACCAUGAAAAGGAAGAAGGAAACCCAUAACAAUGGUUCUGUGGUUCGGAAGCACAGGGCACCUCGGCUUAGUGAGAUCAAAAGAAAAACAGAUGAGCAUCCUGAGCUAAAGGAAAAGUUGAUGAAUCGGGUAGUAGAUGAAUCUAUAAACCUUGAGGACACACCAGAUUCAGUCAAUCUCUUUGCAAAUGAAGUGGCUGCCAAGAUCAUGAACCUCACCGAACUCUCCAUGGUUGAUAGCAUCUGGCAAGGUCCAAACCACCCCAGGAACAGACUGCACUGUGAAAGGUGGAGCCGAGCUAAAGCCUCAAGCUGUGAGAGCAUACCAGAGGAGGACUCAGAUUCCAAAACCUCUUUCAAUACCCUAGGCCUCAUGAACAGCUUUGGUCACUCGCUGAGCCAGACGAGUUCUGUCUCAAAGCAGUCUAGUUGUGAAAGUAUUACUGAUGAAUUUUCAAGAUUUAUGGUGAACCAGAUGGAAAAUGAAGGAAGAGGUUUUGAUUUAUUACUGGAUUAUUAUGCAGGAAAAAAUGCAAACAAUAUCUUAACUUCUGCUUUACAACAGGUAGCCAAGAAAAAUGGCCACCUUAAUGUAAGACCAAGUUGCCCAUCCAAGCAGUCCAGCACAGAAAGUAUAACAGAAGAGUUUUAUAGGUAUAUGCUAAGAGAAAUCGAAAAGGAAAAUAAAGACAAUGCAUCAGCCUCUCGGAAUUCAAAGGACUGGUGUGGCAGUUUGCUGGCACCCUCUCUACGGUCACCUUUCUGCUUUAGGCAGUCGUCCAUGCCCGACAGCAGGUCCUCAGGCUCUAGGCUUACAGUGAACAUCCCAAUUAAAGCAAAUUCCUUAGAUGGCUUCGCCCACCAUCGCCAGGAUUCCUUAAGUGUACAGCCUGUCAGUACCGUGGCUUCUGCAGGGCUCUGCAAGUCUGACUCGUGCCUGUACCAGAGAGGCAAGACUGACCAGAUCACAGACAUGCUGAUCCACGAGACGUGGGCCAGUUCUAUCGAGUCACUGAUGCGCAAGAACAAAAUCAUAGCAGACGAGGCAGAGGCUACAGAGGCAGAGCAGUUUUACAGUGAUUCUCCACCACAUGUGGAACAAUAUGCAAAAAGACUGGCUGCAAAUAUUGUUGAAAGUGGCAAAAGUUUAAUUGUUGUCCAGCAGGAUUCCUUUGAUUAUACAAGCCGAGAACAUGUGCUGGAAAGCAAACAUCCCCAAAGCACAACCCAGAUACUGCCAAAACCCACAGUGGAGGAAGUAAACUUGGAUGAGAAAAAAGAGCAUGUGAAGAGCCCUGGAAGCCUCCCUGCAGGACAGCUCAGGGAAGUGCCUUUAAUUCAGAUAGAAACUGAUCAACGAGAUGAGCCAGACAAAGACUCUGAGUCCUUAACUUCAUGUGGCUCAUCUGGAAAGGGGCAUCAAAGGAAAGAAAAGCCUCCAGAAGCUUUGGAUGGGAAACACAUGGUUCCCAGUUCCCCAGUAAAUAGCAGCAGUCCUCAGAGCAGAUCAGAUGCCGAAAUCAUAGGAGAGACAAAAACAGCUGAAGAAUUUCCAGCCCAUCUCAGCAGCAGUGAAGAAAGCACUGGCAGCUGGUCCCAGCUUGCCAACGAUGAGGACAAUCCUGAUGACACAAGCAGCUACCUGCAGCUCAGCGAGCGCUCCCUGAGCAAUGGCAACAGCAGUACAGCUAGCAGUCUUGGCAUUAUGGACCUGGAAAUUUAUCAGGAGAACGUGCCAUCUUCUCCUAUGAUUAAUGAAUUAGUAGAAGAAAAGGUUUUCCUUAAAGAACAGACAGAAAACACUGAGGAAAGUACUUCUGAGCUUUCAGUGGGAACAGCCAACUGUCAAAAGGACCUCCUGGUGAUAAACUUUGAUCUGGAACCAGAGUGCCCUGACGUGGAGCUGAGAGCCACCCUGCAGUGGAUAGCUGCUUCUGAACUUGGAAUUCCAACUAUCUAUUUUAAGAAAUCUCAGGAAAACAGAAUUGAAAAGUUUCUAGAUGUUGUGCAGUUAGUUCAGCGGAAGUCCUGGAAAGUGGGGGACAUCUUCCAAGCCGUGGUACAGUACUGCAAGCUCAGCGAGGAGGGCAGAGAGAUCACACCCAGCCUGUUUGAUUGGCUGCUUGAAUUGGGUUAAUGAACUACACUGGUUCAGCUUUACUGUUUUAUUCCAGUUUAAAUAAGCAGUGGUUUGUGUAAGCUCUGAUUUCUGAACAUCAGUGAACAAAAUGUACAAAGAUGUACAAACUCUACAAGAACAGCACAAGUCUGUGCCACAACUGACCCAGGAGCAAAGUGAACCUGUGUUUAUUGUGUCUUUCUGUAUCAUGAGGGACUCUUGACAUGUUGUGCUAUAGGAUGCACUGUACUAUGAGGGGAUGGAUUUUUAGCCUUCUAAAUUAAUGAACUACACAGUAAAGGCUUAAUUAUCUAAUAUAUUCCAUUUUCAUCAAUUUGAUUAAGUCAGGUAAAAUGGGAUAGUACCCUAACAUUCAGUUUUAAAACAACACUGAUAUUUGUACAGUUUAACUGUUAGAAGCAGAGUGUGUUUCAGAAUGCCUGGAGACACCCUUGUCCCUAGAUAAGUAAUAUUUAUGUGUUUUUGAAAUCUCCCUAAUCUGCUAAGGGGUAAAAGCUUUUGAACACUUAACACCUUGGCAGUUAAGACAACACAACAAAAAGCUGCUGAAAACACAUUUUAGUUUCUUCCCAUGUGUUUCUUUCUCUUCCAUAGCUGUUCCUGAUUACUGCAACCUUCCCAAAGGAAUAAAAUCCAGUCUCAGUUACUGUCCUUAAAAAACUGAUUCCUUUUCCCUAGGAAGCAGUGCAGUUCAGUAUAGCCACACCUGGUAGAUUCCUGCACACAGGAGGAAGCCAAGGCAGCAGUUCUCAAGCCCUGUCCUGCCCCAGCCCUGCAACCUUGGGCAAGUCAUUUUCACCUCUGUGCCUCAGUGUCCCUGCCUGGCAAAGGGAAUCAUGACAGUACAAUUGUUACCUAAAGUGAUUCUGUUGAAAGCACUAUGUAACAAUCUAUAUAUCAGUUAAAAGCAGUGAAAAAAGUACUAUUUUAAUUUUAGUGUAAUCAAAUAAAUUGUUAAUGAGGUGAAGAAAUACAUAUCUGAAAAGAGCACCAUCUUGUCCUAAAAAUCUCAAUGUUAAUUUUUGUAACUUGCAAAAAAGCAAAAUGUUUGUUAAAAUUUCAGCAGACAUACGUGUUCAUUUUGAAGAUAACUGUUUGGACUAUAUGUGAGAGUUCACAUUCCUAUAACAUUUCUUUAACUGUUUGAUAAGAUAUACUCUGCUAUCGUCCUGUUGAGAUGAUCUGUUGGUAUUGUGCACUUAGUAAUACAUUCUCUCAACUCUGCCAAAGAGACUGGGUGUGAAUUUAAAGGUAAAAACAACUUAUGACAUCACAGCUCUUCUGCAAUUUGUUUUUUUGAAAAUACUUACUUUUCAUCUCUCUACCCAAAUAGAGGAAUAGAAUACCUGCCUGCUUUUCCCAAAAAAAAAAUAUUUAAGAGAAGUUUUAUUUUCCAUAUAACAGUAUAUGCUUCUGUAAUAUUUCUUGAAAAAAAAACUAUCCUUUUGCACUAAAUAUUUUUGAAAAUUUUGAAGUAGUUUUAAAUAAUUUAUGAAAAAGAGCCAUAUUCUCAGUUUUAUCUUUAAAACCAUUACAAAACUUGCAUGAUUGCAUCACUCAUUUGUUACAAAAUACAAAUUGUUAGUGAAUCAAAAUCUAAUGUGGAUCAUUAAAUAAUGUGAGUAAUUCUCAAUCUACUCUGCAGUAUAAACAGAAGAGGAGAGGCUGCUUUACAGUCAAAAUAAAGGUCAAUUUAUUGCAAGCACUGAACAUAGCUGGGGUCACUGGGCCAGCCCCUGAGAACUGCAGAGUAUCUCUAACUCCCACUGAGUGGCAACUCUGAAUGCUCAGCAUUUCUGAGGCUGAGAGCUAGUGAAAAGCACCGAGAAUUAUAGACUUAAAGUGCUUUGUUUGAGUGAAUAAAUGGGAAGGUGUAUUUAUUUUUAAACCAAAUACAGUUACUUGUCAGUAUACAAUUUUUUGUUGUGAUGGAAUAAAUGUUUACAAAGCACAAAUAUCAUGACAGAGUUGUAACAGUGUGAUGCAGUUUCUCUGUACAGUAGUUCUUAAUGUUGCAAUUUAUUCAGAAAUAAAUUUACGUUACAAUGUG